GAACAAACUCGGCGUGGAUGAAAAACAUUCUUUUGAAAAAGAAUUUUUUUUGGAUUAUUAAAAUUAAAAGAUAAUAAGUAUCCAAACUGUAUGAAAAGUGUUUCAAUGUUUUAUUAAAGUGACGAAUAUCAUCAGGAAUAUGAUAAUAUUUGAAGUCGAUGUAAGCAAGUGACAAACGGUUAUCAUUUGACGGUCAUAAGUUAAAGAAAAAGUAUUUGAAUCCAUUCAACUGAUGAAAUGGUAUCGACUGAGUCACAUGGUGAAAACUCAACGCUAGUUGAAACGUCAGCACCUCCAGCGAUUGCAAUUGUUGCACCAACAGCUCGCAAUCCAACAAAUCAUGGUAUGAGCUUAAGUAGCUCCGUCGCACCUCCUUGCAAAGCACAUUCUGGUGUUCCACCGCCU